AUGUCAAGUUUUGAAACCAGUAAACCCUCACUUUGGCUUAUUGAUAGUGGUGCAACAAAUAAUUUAACUUGUGAUCGAGAAGUUUUUACCGAACUCGACAAAUCUUAUUCUUCUGUGAUUAGAGUUGCGAAUGGAGCAGAAAUUACAUCAGAAGGCAUUGGAACAAUAGUAUUUAAGAAUCAUUCAGGUUCCAAACUAGUUUUGAAUGUUUUAUAUGUUCCUCAAAUUUCCGAAAAUCUUUUAAGUGUUCCUCAAUUGUUGAAGAAUGGUUACAAAGUGUUAUUUGAACAUGAAAGUUGUAUGAUUAAUGACCAAAACAACGAAGAGGUGUUCAAAAUUCAGAUGAAAAAGAACAGAUUUUAUUUAGAGUUGACGAAGAAUCUAAAAGAUGAUGAAGAUGAACGUGAUUUGAAGAAAACUCAUGUUAAAGCAGAGAAUGAAGGUGCAAAUGAAAAAGUGCCUUUCUUUUUAACGAAGGUGAAGAACCACCGAACUGCCAAAAUAAAUGCGAUGGUUAAUACCUUGAACCCUAGCUAG